CUUGCCACAAUCAGCCCCUCUGCUGGAAGCCUGCUAGGCAGGUAAGGUGUCUCCUCUGUUAUCUUCAGGACAGAGAGAAAGCCCCUUCUCCCACCAGGCAUUGCAGCCAAGAUUGGACUAUAAACCAGGAACCCCAGGUUUGCUAGGACUCUAAAAGCAGAAGGCUUGGGGGCAUCGCAAGUAACAGGCAGACAGAGCCCAUGGUCUGAGGCUCCUGUCUCCUCUGCACCCACCCUGACCCCAGCAGGAGCAGCAUGCCUGGACCUCCCAGGUUGUCCACAUCCCCCAGCUGCCCUUACAUCAGGAUGCCCUGGGGCCUGGGGCCCUUGCUGUGGAAGACUGCAGUCAUCCUGAGUCUGCUUCUGUCCAGCACUGCCCUGUCCCCUACAUCAGGGCAGACCAAGAUUCCUCUGGAAAUGGUGAAGCUGUGGGCAGACACCUUUGGCGGGGACCUGUAUGACACCGUGACCAAAUACUCAGGCUCCCUCUUGCUGCAGAAGAAAUACAAGGAUGUGGAGCCCAGUCUGAGGAUCCAGGAGGUGGAUGGAUUGGAGCUGGUGAGGAAGUUCUCAGAGGACAUGGAGACCAUGCUACACAGGAAGGUGGAGGCUGUAAAGGUGCUCCAGAAUCUGGUAGAGGCCACUGAAGAGGCUGACCUGAAUCAUGAGUUCAACAAAUCUCUGGUGUUUGACUAUUACAACUCAGUCCUGAUCAACGAGAGGGAUGCGAAUGGCAAAUACGUGGAGCUGGGGGCUGAGUUUGUCCUCAAGUCCAAUGCACACUUCAGCAACCUCAUGGUGAACACGUCUCUCAGUAGUGUGCAGCUGCCCACCAACGUGUACAACAAAGACCCAGAUAUUUUAAAUGGAGUCUACAUGUCUGAAACUUUGAACCCUGUUUUUGUGGAGAACUUCCAAAGAGACCCAACACUGACCUGGCAAUAUUUUGGCAGCUCAACUGGAUUCUUUAGGAUCUAUCCAGGCAUCAAAUGGACGCCUGAUGAGAAUGGAGUCAUCACCUUCGACUGCCGGAACCGUGGCUGGUACAUUCAAGCUGCCACUUCUCCCAAGGACAUAGUGAUUGUGCUGGACACAAGUGGCAGCAUGAAGGGGCUGCGGAUGACAAUUGCCAAGCACACUAUCUCCACCAUCUUGGACACACUGGGAGAGAAUGACUUUGUUAAUAUCAUUGCGACACAUCAGGAGAAAGGAGAAAGUAGUAGGACACCUAGACAGGACCAACAAAUCCUGGUCUUGCUUCCACAGCAACUCUUCCUAGUUCUGCCUGCCCCCAUACAGUACAAUGACUACAUCCAUUACGUCGAACCUUGUUUCAAAGGGAUUCUUGUUCAGGCCCAUCGAGACAACCGUGAGCAUUUCAAACAGCUGGUAGAUGACCUGAUGGUUAAAGGGGUAGGGGUCGUGGACCAAGCCCUGAGGGAAGCCUUCCAGAUCCUGAAGCAGUUCCAAGAGGCCAGGCAAGGAAGCCUCUGCAACCAGGCCAUCAUGCUGAUCUCGGACGGGGCUGUAGAGGACUAUGAGGCCGUGUUUGAGGAAUACAACUGGCCGGACUGCAAGGUUCGAGUUUUCACUUACCUUAUUGGGAGAGAAGUCACUUUUGCAGACCGCAUGAAGUGGAUUGCAUGCAACAACAAAGGCUACUACACUCAGAUCUCCACACUGGCUGACACUCAGGAGAAUGUGAUGAAGUACCUCCACGUUCUCAGCCGCCCCAUGGUCAUCAACCAUGACCACGACAUCAUCUGGACUGAAGCCUACAUGGACAGCAAGCUCUUUACCUCACAUGCACAGAGCCUGAUGCUCCUCACUACAGUGUCCAUGCCAGUCUUCAGCAAGAAGAAUGAAACACGGUCUCACGGCAUUCUUCUAGGUGUAGUGGGCUCUGACAUUUCCCUGAGAGAGCUGAUGAAGCUGGCACCCCGGUACAAGCUUGGAGUACAUGGAUAUGCCUUUUUGAAUACUAACAAUGGCUACAUUCUCUCACAUCCUGACCUUCGACCCCUGUACAGAGAGGGGAAGAAACUGAAACCCAAACCUAACUACAACAGUGUGGACCUUUCUGAGGUGGAGUGGGAAGAUCGAACUGAAACUCUGAGAACAGCUAUGAUCAAUGGGGAAACAGGUUCUCUCUCUAUGGAUGUGAAGGUUCCACUGGACAAAGGGAAGAGAGUUCUUUUCCUGACCAAUGACUACUUCUUCACAGACAUCAGUGACACACCUUUUAGUUUGGGAGUGGUGCUGUCCCAGGGCCAUGGAGAAUACAUCCUUCUGGGGAACACAUCUGUAGAAGAAGGCCUACACGACCUUCUGCAUCCAGAUCUGACCCUGGCCAGUGACUGGAUCUACUGUAUCACAGAUAUUGACCCAGACCACCAGAAGCUCAGCCAGCUGGAGGCCAUGGUCCACUUUCUGACAGGACAGGACACAGAUCUGGAGUGUGAUGAGGAGCUGGUGCGGGAGGUACUGUUUGAUGCAGUGGUGACGGCUCCCAUGGAAGCCUACUGGACAGCACUGGCUCUCAACAGCUCAGAGGACUACCAGCAUGUGGCAGACACGGCCUUCCUAGGGACCCGGGCUGGCCUCCUCAGAAGCAGCUUAUUUGUGGGCUCUGAGAAGAUCUCCAAUAAGAAGUUUCUGACCCCUGAAGACAAGGCCAGCAUAUUCACCAUGGACCACUUCCCUCUGUGGUACCGCCAGGCCGCUGAGCAACCUGCUGGCAGCUUUGUAUUCAACCUCCAUUCUGCAGAGGAGCCAGAAGGUCCGGGUGAGCCAGUGGUGGUAACAGCAAGCACAGCUGUAGCUGUGACUGUGGACAAGAAAACAGCCAUUGCUGCAGUGGUGGGCAUCCAAAUAAGGCUGGACUUCCUACAUCACCUGUUCUGGGCAGCCACACAGCAGUGCAGUGCUGGGGAUGGGCUGUGCCCACAGAGCUGCCAGGACAGUGACCUGGACUGCUUCGUCAUCGACAACAAUGGGUUCAUCCUGAUCUCAGGGAGGCCCCAGGAGAUAGGAAGAUUUCUGGGGGAGGUGGAUGGCGCUCUCAUGACCCAGCUGCUCAGCACGGGGGUGUUCAGCCAAGUGACCUUGUACGACUAUCAAGCCAUGUGCAAACCCCCGAACCACCACCACAGCGCAGCCUGGCCCCUGGUCAGCCCCAUCUCUGCCCUCCUGACUGUGACCAGAUGGCUGGUGAAUGAGCUCUUGCUGUUUCUGCUGCAGUGGAGCACCUGGGACUCCUGGUGCACGCCCAGCGGGGCCGAGGCCAAGGCUGUUUUCCAUCACUCCCACAAGCACCAGAAGCAGGACAUGCUGCAGCCCUGCCACACCAAGUACACUGUGUUUGUUCACCAGAGGGCCGUCCAGGAGGCCAAUGGGACCAUCGAGUGCGGGGCCUGCCAAAAGGUGUUUGUGAUGCAUCAGAUUCCCAACAGUAACCUUCUCCUUCUGGUGACAGACCCCACCUGUGACUGUAGCAUCUUCCCACAAGUCCUACAGGAGACUACAGAAGUCAAAUAUAAUGCCUCUCUCAAGUGUGACAGGAUGCGCUCCCAGAAGCUCCGCCAGCGACCAGACUCCUGCCAUGCCUUCCAUCAAGAGGAGAAUGCCCAGGACUGUGGCGGUGCCUCAGAAACCUCAGCCUCUUGCCCCUCACUCCUGCUGCCUCUGUGUGCCUGGCUGCUGCCACCCCAGCUGCUGCAGUGACACUUACUCUCUGACCUCUGUUAUGACAAGGUGAUCUUUCCAGAGACAUUUUAUAGUGUCAGCAACUGAUGUGGGAGCCAGCUCACUACAACUGAGCUAUCACCCAGGUCGUUGCUCAUCUCAACCUUGAGCUAAUGGUCCCUGCCUUCUAAAGUUGCUGGAUACAAGCAGAAACCCCUUCCUGAAGACUAGGGUGCCUGGAACUAGCCCCCGCAUCAACGAGCACAUCUCAGCCUUCCCAGCAUGAGCUCAACUAGGAUCAAGACAAAACGAUUUAGUUCCAUUUAUUCUCCAGAAGUCCAGACCCAGCCAAAGAAACAGUCAUCUGCUUCCCAUGAACCUGUUUGGUCUUUAGUAGAACCCAAGGACUUAAAGGUACUGAGAAAGAGGAGCAAAAUUUGACCAACAAUACCAACAGCAGGAAUGAGACAAAGGCAAGAAGAAGCCCCUGCCUAAAACAUUCCUGCCUCAGCAUGGGAUGCACGGUGGGGGCAGCUCAGUUUCUUUCCUUCGGCUGCUCAAAAAAGUUCUAAUUCUGUGUGUGUGCACAUACACGCAUGAGAGAGAACAGGGAAGUGAAUAGUAAUGGGACACAUGGCGGCAGACAUAUGUCUGCAAACUACUGCUAUUAAAAAAACUUCUAGACUUCUGGUCAAGAUGGAGGCAUAGGUAGACAAACUUAUACAUUUGCCUCCUCUCACAAUCAUAAGAAUUACAACUAACCCAAAACAAAAAACACUCAGAACUGCCAGAAAAUUAAACUGUAUGGAAGUCCAACAACCAGGGAUUUAAAGAAGCCACAUUCAUCCAGACAGACAGGAGGGGCAGAGCCGGGGAGCCGGGGCAGGAAUGGCAUGGAGAGGUGGCAGCAGAAUGAACUGUCCCACAUUCACAUGUGGCAGGUAAAAAUUGGGAGGGUUAGCUCAGACACAAGCGAUCCCAGCUCCAGGCCAGACUGUGCGGCCCAGGGUUCCAACACCAGGGGAAAAAAGCCUCACAACUUCUGGCUGUAAAAACCAAUGGGUGUUGGGGCAGCAGAAUAAACUGCCAGUCUCAGGAGAGUCCAUUUAAAGGACCUGCAUGAUUCUACAACAUACACGAACCCACCCGCUCUGGGAAUCACCACCAGGCAGCAGCUAGAAGGGUGCCAGGCACAUACAGGAAGUGGGUGAAGUAACUGGAAAAUGGACGAGUGCUGGGCAAGCCUCCAGAGGCCAGGCAGUGGCACUGUCCCUUCUCAGACCCCUUCUGGCCCUCACAGCACCACAAAGUGGUAAAGCGGGUUGACUCACCCUUGCAAAUACCUAAGGCUCCACCCCUUACAACUUACCUGGUGUGCUAAGACAGGGAGUCAAAGCAGCUUUACCUGAUACACAGAAACAAACACGGGGAGGUUGCCAAACAGGGGAGACAAAGAAAUAUGACCUAAAUGUAAAAAGAGAACAAAACCCCAGAAAAAGAACGAAGCAAAAUGGAGAUUGUACCAACCAAUCAUAUUCAGAAUCAAAAACAGUGGUGAUCAGGAUGUUCAGAGAAUUCACUGAGUUUGGCAAACACAUAAGGCAAGAAAUAGAAGCUACAUUAAGUGAAAUAAAGAAAAUUCUACAGGGAACCAACCAACGGUAAAGGGAAGAAAGCUGGGACUCAAACCAAUGAUUUUGAACAAAGGAAGAAAUAAACAUUCAGCCAGAACAGAAUGAAGAGAUAAGAAUUAGCCCUGGCUGUCAUGGCUCAGUAGUUUGAGUGCUGGCCUGUGAAUCAAAGUGUCACUGGUUCAAUUCCCAGUCAGGGCACAUGCCUGGAUUGCAGGCCAGAUCCCCAGUAGGGGGUGUGUGAGAGGCAACCACACAUUGUUUCUCUCUCUCUCUCUCUUUCUCCCUUCCUUCCCCUUUCUAAAAUAAAUAAAUAAAAUCUUUAAAAAUUUAAAAAAUGAGAAGAGUGUAAGACUCUGGGAUAUCUCCAAAAGUACCAACAUAUAAAUAAUAGGAAUGGCAGAAGAAAAAGAGGAAGAGAAAGAAAUUGAAAACUUAUUUGAAAAAAUAGUGAAAAAAAACUUCCUUAAUUUGGUGAAGGAAAUGGACAUACAAGUCCAGGAAGCACAGAGAGUCCCAAUGAAGUUGGACCCGAACAGGACCACACCAAGACACCUCAUAAUAAAAAUGCCAAAGGUUAAAGAUAAUCUUAAAAGCAGCAAGAGAAAAUGAGAGGGUUACCUACAAAGUAGUUCCCAUAAGACUCAGCUAAUUUCUCACAAGAAACUUUCCAGGCAAGAAGGGGCUGGAAAGAAGUAAUCAAAUUCAUGGAAGGCAAGGACCUACAUCCCUGAUUACUCUCUCCAGUGAAGCCAACAUUUAGAAUGGAAGGGUGAAUAAAGGUAAAAGUUUUAUUCCCAAGGUAAAAACUAAAGGAAUUCAUUAUCACCAAGCCAUUAUUACAUGAAAUGUUAAAGGGACUUACUUAAGAAAAAGAAGAUCAAAACUAUGAACAGCAAAAUGACAACAAACUCGUAACUAUCAACAACUGAAUCUAAAAAACAAAAACAAAAACUAAGCAAACAGCCAGAACAGGAACAGACUCAUAGACGUGGAGAUCAUUCAGAGAGUUAUCAGCUGGAAGGGGAAAGAGGGACAAUGAGGGAAAAGGUACAGUGAUUAAGCAGCAUAAUUGGUAGGUACAGAAUAGACAGGGGGAGGUUAAGAACAGUAUAGGAAAUGGAGAAGCCAAAGAACUUAUAUGUACAACCAUGGACAUGAACUAAAGAGGGCAUUGCUGAA